AUGCAGAAGAUCCUCAAGCGCGUGGCCACGGCCGAGCGCGUCGCCGCCAAGCGCAAGACGGCCCGGGACAGGCAGGCCUUCAACAAGAACCGCUUCGCCGAGGUCGACGAGGUCAAGUACCAGCGCAGCGAGCUGGCCCAGGACUUUGGCCGCGCCAAGCAGGCCAUCCGCGACGACUGGCACCUGGGUCCCAACGCCCCCAACGCAAACAUCGGCCAGUACGGCCCUACCCACGGCGCCAUCUCCGAGGCCCGUUACCAGAUCGCCGCCUCGCUGCGAGACCACCAGAAGGAGGCCCGGUGCGCCUGGCUGGGCGGCGCCACGAACCUCAACAUCACCGUCGGCGACCGCGUCGUGCUCCUCGAGGGGCCCGACAAGGGCAGGAUCGGCAAGAUCACCGAUGUCCAGAAGCAGACCAUGGAGGUCAUCGUGGGUGGGCUGAACAAGUCCAAUAUCAGAAUGCCGGUCCAGUUCGUCGGCAAGGAUAAGCCACCGGGCAUCGCCAUCGAGCUGCCCAUCCCCAUCUCGGCCGUCCGCCUCGUCCACCCGAUCCGCGACCCCAACACGGGCGAGACCAAGGACGUCAUCAUCAACCAGCUGAGGCACUCGGGCUUCUUCCACGACCGGAUCUCGGGCCAGGUGCGGUGGUCGCGCCUGGUGCCGGGGCUCAACGUCACCAUCCCGUGGCCGUCCAAGCCCGCCAAGGAGGCGACGGACCACAAGGUCGACACGCUGCGCAUCGACGUCGAGGAGCGCACCUUUGUGCCGACGCUGCUGCGCCCGCCCAUGCCCGAGGACGUCAUCGACGAGCUGCGCAACAAGUACUCGCGCUUCCGCACCCGCCACGAGCCCGACUACAUCGCCGCCCGCGAGGCCGCCGUCCAGGCCGACAAGGACCGCGCCCGCCUCAUGGACUCGAUGCGCACCCCGCUGCAGGACUUCCACCGCGCCGAGCGCGACCGCAAGAAGAAGAAGGGCAAGCCCAGGCUGUCGGUCGACAUGCUCGAGGAGAUCGGCAAGGUCAUUGCCCGCAACCGCGAGAGGACCCUCAACGCCGCCGGCCUCAGCGACGAUGCGCCUGCGGCUGCGGUACCACCGACGUCGGCAACGAUAGAGACGACGGAUGCUCCCCCGCCACCUUCGUCGUAG